AUGGAUUGCGAGAAUAAGGAAAAUUUGGAUACACCAAAUCCAAGAGUUGUCCUUGGUGUUUUAAACGAUGCAAAGAGUAAUAAAACGAUUAUCGGUCCUAAUAACCCGAAAAAGCAAUUUGUUGUGUUGAAAGGUUUCAAGGCUGACGCUGCUCCCGGUCCUAGCAGGCCGAGACAGCAGUUAGUUUCCUUGCAGACGCUUCCGGCUGUUUCCUCUGCUCCCGGUCCUAGCAGGCCGAGACAGCAGUUAGUUUCCUUGCAGACGCUUCCGGCUGUUUCCUCUGCUCCCGGUCCUAGCAGGCCGAGACAGCAGUUAGUUUCCUUGCAGACGCUUCCGGCUGUUUCCUCUGCUCCCGGUCCUAGCAGGCCGAGACAGCAGUUAGUUUCCUUGCAGACGCUUCCGGCUGUUUCCUCUGCUCCCGGUCCUAGCAGGCCGAGACAGCAGUUAGUUUCCUUGCAGACGCUUCCGGCUGUUUCCUCUGCUCCCGGUCCUAGCAGGCCGAGACAGCAGUUAGUUUCCUUGCAGACGCUUCCGGCUGUUUCCUCUGCUCCCGGUCCUAGCAGGCCGAGACAGCAGUUAGUUUCCUUGCAGACGCUUCCGGCUGUUUCCUCUGCUCCCGGUCCUAGCAGGCCGAGACAGCAGUUAGUUUCCUUGCAGACGCUUCCGGCUGUUUCCUCUGCUCCCGGUCCUAGCAGGCCGAGACAGCAGUUAGUUUCCUUGCAGACGCUUCCGGCUGUUUCCUCUGCUCCCGGUCCUAGCAAACUAAAUGAGGCUGAAGCAAAUGAAACGGCGCAAGGUAUGUUCAUCACCCAAAAGACGUUCCAUUUCUCGUGA